UGAUUAUGUGUUAUAAAAGUUCAUAAUAUGUUUUCCUGGUCCUGUGAAUGUGAAAAAAUAUUUUUACUUCGUUUGAUUGUUACAGUUUAUGAAAAUUAAAAAAAUGGUAAACCUGGCCAAUUAAAAAAACAGGGCAGGCUUACGUCACCCUGACUACCACGGCCGCUUAACCACGCCCACUCACAGAGGAGUCAGAUCAUAGAUGUGUAUCUAUGAGUCAGAUUCUAUAAUUCCAUAAUUAAUCGUUAUUUUUUCGAGCAACUAUGGCUGAACGUCUACGAACUUGCGAACUUUGUUCAAACAAAAUUGGACAAUUGCAUAUGUUACCAAAAGACCCACAAGUGAAAACGGAAUGGCUUAAAUUUAUUUUUGGAGCUGUGCCAGAGAAGCAUAGUUCAAAGUUAAGUGUGUGUACACUGCACUUCGACGAGAAUGACUAUACCAACUUUGGCCAGUUCCAUAGUGGAUUUGCGGCGAAGUUACAUUUGAAACCAGACGCAGUGCCAUCAUCCCGACUGUCUGGUUGUAGGCCUACUGUACCCACCUGCUUAGGAACACCCACGUUCAAGGAUGCGGCUUGUCAGACAGACCCACCCAGUCUGUCCACCAAGGGUACUCAGUUGUCAGCAAAGACUUUACGAGGUUAUCGUGUGAAAAGCAGAGAAAUUCAAACACCAUGCGCAGCUGCCACUGAAACGACUUGGGAAGCCCUGACCUCCACACCCAUCAAGUCACGGCCAGCCAAAAGACCACGCUUGGCUGUGGAGGAGGAUGACGAUGAACUGCUAGAUGAAGGGGAAGACUCCUCAUUAGUCGCUGAACCACAUGACUCCACAUAUGUGCCCGACCAAGACACAAUGUCAGACUUGGAGUCAUCGCAUAUUUCUGACACCAGCCACAGUCACACAGAUGUUAAGUACAUUGUGAGCGAGAAGUGCCUUUUGGAGAUCUUCGAAAAGUGCCCCCUUUGCAAAACAAAAAGCGAUGUCACACCGCACAGACGAGGCACCUUCUUGACUGUACAGCAAAAAUGUGGCCGGUGUGGGUACUACCGGGAAUGGAGCAGUCAGCCAGUGACAGGGACCUGUCCAACAACAAAUUUACAACUCUCUGCAGCCAUUUACUUCACCGGCACAUCAUUUUUCCAACUGAACAAGGUAUGGGAUCACACUUAG